CGGAGUACUACUACACACCCACCUUUCUUUUAUGCCAGCCAGUCCCCCCCCCCUCCAACACGCGCACGACCCGUCAAAGCAUUCCUAAGCCUUAGCAGGCUUACGCUUCUCCUUCCUAGACUUCUUGUCUUUUUUUACUUCUGUUUAGGGCUCUUCUCUCCGUCUGGUCCGCAGUCGGUCCCCCCCGUCCCCUCAUCAACCUUCUGCGCCAAAUACAAAAUGGAGCCAAGCGCACCCCCGGAAGACAGCAGUGCCAAGUCCCAAGCAUCAUUGGAUGAACUUAUCAAGCAAGCUGCCGCUAAGGAUGCCAUCAAGGAUUUUAACGCCGCUGCCGAGCUAUAUUCCGAGGCCACGGAGCUUCAGGCCUCGCUAAACGGAGAAUUGGCGCUUGACAAUGCCGACUUACUAUUUGCGUACGGAAAAGCCCUAUACAAUGUUGCUGUUAGCAAAAGCGAUGUGCUUGGGUCAAAAGUAGCUGGAGAGCCCCAAGCACAACCAAACAGUGCACCUGUCGGGAGACCAUCCGCUGGAUCGGCAUCAACCACGGCAUUUGUUCAGAAGGCAAAUGCCCAGGGCGUACCUAAAAAUAUCUCAGAAGCCCAGGAUACAAAAUCUGAAGAUGUUCCAACCAAGCCGUAUUUUCAAUUUACGGGUGAUGAGAAUUUUGAUGAUUCGGAUUCUCAAGAUGAUGGAGACAGCGAGGAAGCUACUGCUGAUGACGAAGAUGAUUUUGCCAAUGCUUUUGAGGUCCUUGACUUGGCACGCAUACUAUAUCACAAGAGACUGGAUACGAUAGAGGGGGAAUCUGGUAAAGGAAAAUCUACAGAUCUAUCCUCGGAUCUCAAGCAUGUCAAAGAACGUCUCGCGGACACCUAUGAUCUACAAGCAGAGAUCUCGUUGGAAGCGGAGAGAUUCCUGGAUGCAGUGAUUGAUUUGAGAACUGCCCUUGACUUAAGACAGUCUCUAUUUCCGAUGGAAGAUCCUUCUGUUGCCGAAUGUCACUAUAAGCUUUCACUUGCCCUAGAAUUUGGGUCGGUCAAUAAUGGGAAUGAUGAUUCUCAAGAGGACAGUGGUAACCCGGGGCAGGUUGACGAGGAAAUGAGAAAGGAAGCUGCAACACAAAUGGAAAAGGCCAUUGAAAGCUGCCGGUUGAGGAUGAAUCAGGAGCAAAAAAAGCUAGACUGCAAUUAUACCCUGGACGAAGAUAAGGUGACCGCUAUGAAGAGAAGAAUAGCAAAUGUUAAAGAAAUCAUAGCAGACAUGGAGCAAAGGCUUACCGAUCUCCGACGCCCACCAGUAUCGAUUACCGAAAAUGGUGAUACCAACGACACUAUGCUGAAGGGUAUCUUGGGUCAAAUCGUGGGGCAGUCCGCGUCCGAGCAAAAGGCUCGGCUCGACGCUGUCACGAGAGAGGCUAAUGACCUUUCUGCAUUCGUCAAAAGGAAGCCUUCAGCCAACAAACCAAACCAGAAGAGUGAAGCUCUAGCGAAGCGACCGGCUCAGGAGGAAGCUGAGGGCAGUGAUGCGAAAAAACCCCGAGUGAAUGACACAGAUGAUGGGCGUCAAUAAUCCUCAGUAUGUUGAUCGCCAGAGAUGUCGAACUGUUCGCCCCUCACCCUUCGUGUUCUGUCUAACACUCGUUGUAACACCUAGGAUGAAAUGUCUAAGACGGUCAUGUUGAUAUUUGCUCGAAUUGAGCAUAAAUUCUGAUAUGAUACUAUGAUACCCAGUUGAGCGAGGCACAAGGAACGGGCUGAGGGGUAUAAGCAGCAAUUUUCGCUCAAC